AUGACUGGCUCGGAAAGCGAGAGCGACGGGCAUCUGGAGCUGGCUAAAUCCAAGCCAGGCGCUUCGAAGUCGGCUGCGCAGAUCACAGAUGACUUGGGCGUGCUGGGCGCCUUGCGCAGCGGCAGCAGCAGCAGCAGCGGCAGCAGCCGGGUCGAAGUUGCCAAAGCCAAGCCAGGUGCCGCAUUCGAUGACUGGGCUUUUCCCGCUUUGGAGCUUGUGCAAAGACCAACGCCUCAUUAG